AUGUCUUCUCCGUUAGAAUCCGCUAAGAAAUACUCCAAGUUGGCUGGCGAGUCGCCACUUCCCGCCUGGGCGUUUGCAACUGGUCUUGCACACACCGCCUACGCCAUUCCAUGGAAAAUGCCAAAGGUAGAGGGCAGUUCUGGUGACCUGUAUCAAUUCCACAAGUCGGCCAUCUUCAAGUCGCCCUCCAGAAACGCAUGCAUCUUGUUUGCGGCCACUCAUGCCUUGGGUGGGUACAUGAUCUACGACGGAGACGAGACGAAUGGUGCCGGCUUCACAUUUGCCUGGUCGACGUUAUACUUGAUCAUUAACGGACGCUCUUCAGUUCGCAGUCUUUUAGGAGGACGUAUUACUCCAUUGUCUUUGAGUGUACUUGCUUUGGGUAAUGCUGGAGUUUAUGGGUCUGCGUUUUUCUGGCCUUGA